AUGGGGGCCGAGGCCUGCGGGGCAGCUCGGCUCCUGGAUCCAGAGACAGAGCAGGCAGAAGGCCCUGCUGACCCCAGAGGCUGUCCCCCGCCCCCCACCCACGCGCCCCACCGAGGCCUGCCCCCUGCGUGCAGUCCGGCCUGGGCAUCUGUUUCUGCCUGGAAAUUGGGGGAGGGGCGUCUGUCCGUCUAUUCCCGGUUGCUUGAGUCCCAGGAGCAGUCGGUCCGGUUCAAGGAGGUCCCAGGCUCGCCAGGACUUACCAGGCCGCCCCAGUGCCAACCUGGGGCAGGGCCCUGCCGUCGGGGUACGAGGGACCGACGUGAGCAGGGGUCCUGUGGCCGCCCCCCACUUCCACCCCGAGCCCGGCCGCGCCUGCCCCGCCUGCCGCCCCCACUGCGCCGCGCGCGUCUGUUUGGAGAAGAAAGCGGGCCAAUUUGUUUUCAUUCAGAAUCACUUAAGAUCCCAUUUUGGAGAAAUGAAAGGAGAAAAGCGCGCGUCCCGCGCCCGGCCCGCUGGGUGCCCGCUCGUGCCCGGCGGCGCGCGGGUUGGGGGCGGCGGCCCCCCCCCUCGAGCGCCAGGCCCGGCAGGCCCGGGUCCGAGGGCGGCGGCCUCGGCGCCCUCAUCUGCAUGAAGCGCACACUCGCGGCCCAUCUGCAAAGGCGCAAUUAA